GAAGAAAAAUAAAAGAAAAACAUAUAUUUCAAUCGUUUUAGAUUAUGCUGCAGAAGCCCAUCGAAAGCUUCUCCCUUUCCAGCUCUCUGUGAAACCCUAACUUCCAUAGCCUCACCAAUUCCUUGCUUUCCCGAGGGUUUAUCUUUCAUAAUCUUAGUGUUCUCCUUUAAGUUGGCAAAAUGGCGUCAGUUUCUAGUCAGCCACAGUUCCGUUACACCCAACCACCAUCAAAGGUUCUUCACUUGAGGAAUUUACCUUGGGAAUGUACCGAGGAGGAACUGAUUGAACUGGGAAAGCCAUUUGGAAAAGUCGUGAAUACAAAGUGUAAUGUUGGAGCUAACAGAAAUCAAGCUUUUAUUGAGUUUGCAGACAUAAAUCAAGCUAUUGCAAUGAUAUCAUAUUAUGCAUCUUCCUCUGAGCCUGCUCAAGUGAGAGGAAAAACUGUUUAUCUGCAGUAUUCUAACCGUCAAGAAAUUGUGAACAAUAAAACUACAGCUGAUGUUCCUGGAAAUGUGCUUUUGGUAACAAUUGAAGGCACUGAUGCACGCCUUGUCAGCAUUGAUGUUUUGCACUUGGUCUUUUCUGCCUUUGGGUUUGUGCAUAAGAUUACUACCUUUGAGAAAACAGCUGGAUUUCAGGCGUUGGUGCAAUUUUCGGAUGCUGAGACUGCCUCAUCUGCUAAGAAUGCCUUGGAUGGGAGAAGCAUCCCUAGGUAUCUGCUUCCUGAUCACGUUGGACCAUCCCUUAGAAUUACUUACUCUGCCCAUACUGAUCUGACUGUGAAAUUUCAGAGCCACCGAAGCAGGGACUACACUAAUCCUUAUCUUCCUGUUGCUCCGUCAGCCAUAGAUGGAAGUGGUCAGUUCACCGUGGGUUUGGAUGGAAAGAAACUUGAACCAGAGAGUAAUGUUCUUCUUGCCUCCAUUGAGAAUAUGCAGUAUGCAGUCACCUUGGAGGUUUUGCACAUGGUUUUUUCUGCAUUUGGACCUGUCCAAAAGAUUGCCAUGUUUGAUAAGAAUGGGGGAGUCCAGGCCUUGAUUCAAUAUCCAGAUGUUCAGACUGCGGUAGUUGCCAAGGAAGCCCUGGAGGGACAUUGUAUUUAUGAUGGAGGGUUUUGCAAGCUUCACAUCUCAUAUUCACGCCAUACUGAUUUGAGUAUCAAGGUGAAUAAUGACCGAAGUCGAGACUAUACAAUUCCCAAUAAUCCUCCUAUGGUGAAUUCUCAACCGCCUGUUGUGGGGCAGCAACCACAUCAAAUGAUGGGUCCUUCCACCCAUCAAUACAACGGAAAUCAGUAUGGUCCUUCCGCAGAGCAGCAGCCUCAGCAAUCUUCAGGUUGGGGUUCGGGCGGUCCUGCUGUGCCGUACUCCAUGCCCAUGCACAAUCCUGGUUACAUGCCAUCAGGGACAAUGCCACCACAGCAUGGUAUGAUGCCAAGCCCCAGUGGUUUACACCAGACACCACCACCACCCUAUCGCCCCGAUCAUAGGCAAUAGCAUGUAUUGUCUUCUUCUGUUUCAUAGUUGAACGUCCAUUCAAGAAAACCAACUAAGUCUUCUUAAAAUACUAGAGCUUGCAUUUUGGCAGAGGAAAAAUGUGCAUUAAAUUCAACAGCGUGAACUCUUUCACUGUUCAGAGAACAAAUUAGGUCAGUCCUUGUUCAUUUCCCUUUUAUUUUAAGGGAUGUGAAUGAAUGUAUGAUCCCGAGUGCAAAAAACCGAGCACCUUUCUUUGAUGCCAAGUGACUUACUAAACUCGGUUAUCAUUGAUGAUCACUGUUUUAUUAGUCUUCCUCUUCCUUUUGCUCAAUUCUCAUCAUUUCUAAAACUUACUCAACGUUUAUGCAAUGUACUUGUUUCAAUUGUGGCUGUGUUUAACAAAGACUGAGUUUAAGAGGAAAAUCUUAUACAUUA